UAGAUGAUAGAUAGACAGACAGACAGACAGAUAGAUAGAUGAUAGAUAGAUAGUAGACAGACAGACAGAUAGACAGACAGACAGAUAGAUGAUAGAUAGAUAGAUAGGCCAAAUUAAUGCAUAUUUCUUCAGAUAUUCUUAAUUUAAUUUUGUGAUCUAUUUCUAUUUAUUAUUAUAUUUUAUAUUUAUUAUAGCUUAUUUUAUUCUAUAAUAUACAGGCUAGUAAUUCUAUUUAAUUUGGAGUAUGCAGAGAUAAACUGUCAUUGCACUGAUCUCUGCAGUAUUACAGCGCAUAAAUCAACAUUGCCUGUGGGAGGGUCAUAUGUUAAUGAGAGGCGGUCAGUGCGGAUCAACCCAAAAAGUUUCGUUCAGCUGACCACUAACUGAUUGACGACCCGCUGGAUUACUGGAUUACUGCUCAACUUCACAUGAUUUAAAUUUUCAGCACCAGGAAGUGUUGAGUGGAAUAUUCUGGUCACUCCCCUGAAACAUCAAACGCCAGUGAUUCUGUCAUAGUCAUAGAGCUGAAUCCAUCAUUAGAGACAUUAACACCAAACAUGAAGAUCAUCAGGACACUGUUGGCUUUAAUGAUGGGCCUCACGACUGCAGCUGCAGAUUUGAAUGGAAUCUGUAAACCGAAUUCUGUACCUGGAAACAGGAAUGAUUGGAUUGUCCUGAAGGAAAUGACGCCAGGCUGCUUGACAGACUUCAUCACUAAGGACGGGGUGGAAGUUCACAUCCUUAAGCUGCUGUUCUCACCAGGAAUUUAUCCAAUAGUCAACCUCAACGUAACUGGAGCAAACCCUUCCAUUCUGAUCAUCACCUCCACCAGCACACAAACCUUCCAUGUCAUGGUUUUUGAUAAUCCAGCAGUAAUCCUCUAUGUUACAAAUGGAACCUCAGUAAAUUUUUUACAACCAACUACUAGAGAUCUUGUACAGAAACAGGUCGCCACAUCCACAGAGGGAGAUUCUGAACUUCUGAAAUGGGCAACAGAUGAGUUUAGAGGGGUCACAUCAUUUACCACAGUGCUAGACCCCAGAACCAUCACUUUCACAGGGAUGAAAGAUUCACAUCUACCCUCCAGUUGUGACCUGCAGCUGGAGUUACCAUCAGAAAAACCCCUGAUUGAGCUGGACACAUCAUCUAACGAUCUGAAAUCAUGUUAUAACGAGCAUCCUGGAGAAGAACUGCACAUUAUCAAUAUUCCAGAUGAUGUCAGAAUAAGGAAUGUGUCUGUGCAUUUGCUACACGAGUCCAAAGUGGUCUUGAGAGGUCCACCAGACACUCAGUGGAAAAUCCAUGCAAAUCAUGAGAUCAAAUUACUGUCUAAUAAUCAUAUAUUCUUCAAUAACCUGCUGAUGCAUCCACGGAUGGCGAUCUCAGAUGAUCUUGAAGACAUCACGCGGAAGGCUUUUCCAUACUUCCACAGCACAUCAGUCACCAGUUACUCUGUGAUCCAUCUGAACAUCUCUGCGGUCCAGCUGUGUAUCGGAAAGAUCACAAGUUCUACAGCACCACCAGAAGUGGAGCACACCACCUCGGCACCCAGUUCGCCAUCGAUUCCUUUUCAUAUGCAGCUGUACUCAUCUCCAGACUACACGUCACCUCUGGAUCCCAGCAGCAAAGUUCACAGUAACAAGAGGGUCUAUGCAGAGAUCUCUAGUGAAACAUUUGGAGAGAUCUCCUUCAUCAUUAAAGUGAGAAGCUGUCGAGUGCACUCUAUGCAGCUGGAGAGGAACAUGCCUUUUAAAGAGGAGAUGUGUUUCAUGAAAGACUGCCCCAAGAGACUCAGUUUCUCCUUCGAGCUGCUUCAAGAUCUUCCAUCUACCUCAUGGGAACUGGAGUGUGCAGUUCAGCUCUGUCAUGAAGUGAUCAAUUUUUGUCUGAAUGAAACAAAAGUCAAAAGGAACUUGCAGGUCAUCAAGUCUGAUAUACCAAGCCCAAAUCAAUGUUUUAAGUUUGGACUCUUGGCUGUUCUGGGAAUCGCAUUUGGGGGAUUCAUGAUUGGAGUUCUCCUCACUGGAGUUUUAUGGUUUAUUAAAAUACGCACAGGCCAUCCAACAUCUAUGGGAUCAACCGCAGCCGAACUCUCAGUUCUCUCGAUAUCAGGAUGCCCGUGUGGUCUGACCAAACGUCAGCCGGUCCCCACCCACCAGUCACCCUCUGAGAACAGCAGUGCCAGCGCCAGCAUUGGCAGCACCCAGAGCACACCUACCAGCAGCAUGGCAUGACACCGUCUUCUCUCUCUCGAACCUGUUUCACUUUAAAUAUCCCAAACGAGUGAAACUGAUAGACGUUCCUUGUACCUCACACUACUCCAUUCAGUCUCCAGCUAUGGGAAGUCAGCAGGGACAAAGCAAAAAAAGGAAAUCUUGGCUCCCAGAAACAGGAAAAACAAAGAAUAACCCCCAGGAACUAACAGGAAAUUUGUCGCAUUCUUGCGCCUCUCUGAUGGAGGCAAAAUACGAUUUCACAAAAAAAGAAAGACAAGCGGCGCGUCAACUCAGCUUUCAAAUGUGGCUAAUUACAGCUCAAAGACACGUUACCCAGUUGUAUUCACUGGUCCGGCGACCAAACUAAUGCCAACAAACAUCUCAUAGACAAACACAUUGGACUGAAACAAAAAAUAUAUCAACAUAUUGAACAUGAUCUAUAAAUAGAAUAGGAAUGAAAUUGGAAAAAUGCUUUUUCAGAAUUUUUACUGUAAAGGUCUCACUUGGGACAUUUUGGGAAAAGGCUACCUCUGAGUCUCAGUGAAAUAGAAUUGUUCAAUAUUUGUUUGACUUUGAGUGGAUCUAGAAAACUAGAAACCAUGGCACCAAUCAUUUUUCUUUAAAGCCACAGGGAGGGAAUUUAUUUUAUAACAGAUUUGCUUUCCCUCAUAAUUAUUUUGGGUUCACUCACAAUAGUUUUAUUAAUACCUUAUGGAAAUCAACCAUGGUUUUUCAACAGCUGAACUAUGGUAUUUGUAGUAAAACCAUAGGAACCACAAAAUGUACCAUGCUUUAGUACAGUAACCAUAUUUUAAACAUGAUAUUUGUGGUAAAAAAAAAAUAUAUAUAUAUUUACAAUAAUUACACCAUGAUUAAUUCAUUAUUCAUUUUUAAGUGAAACCAUGGUUAAAAUUAGUUUUUUGUUUUUGUUUUUUGUAUAUAUAUAUAUAUAUAUAUAUAUAUAUAUAUAUAUAUAUAUAUAUAUAUAUAUAUAAAAUAAAUAAAUAAAAAUAAAUACAAAAAUAACCAUGAUGUAACUAUAGUUAAACUGUUGUUACCAUGCUUUUUUUUUUUUUUUGGCAGGAUGAUUAUGACUUUUAUUACCAUUGUUUGGGUUUUCUGGUAUUAUAAUAUAGCUGUACUUUAAAUAUAAUGAUUAAAAUAUGGUUACUGUAGUAAAACCGUGGUAUAUUUUGUGGUUAUGGUUUUUCUAUAAAUACCAUAGUUGAACUAUAUUUACUGUAGUAAAGCCAGGAGAAAUGUUGUGGAUACUAUGGAUUUAAUACAGAUACCAUAGUUCAACUUACAAAGCAUGAUUAAUUUUCACAAAUAAUGGACAAAGCUGUUGUAAGGGAAUGCAAAACUAUUUAAUAAAUUCCCUCCAUCCUCUAAGGGGCUCUGUAGUUCCUAAUAACUUAAUCAUUAAAAAAAAUCACCCCAAAAUCAAAAAGAAUUAAGAUACCAUAUUUUGCAUAAAUAAAUUGAAGCCUAUUAGGACCAUUAAGACUUUUUUGUAUUGUAAUUGUUUUAAUGACAACCAAGCACAUUCUCAUUAAUGCAAUACAGAAAAAUAAAUAUUAUGCAAAUUGUUUAGUAUUUAUCCAUCAUGGUAGUAUUUGUUUUACCGACUUUAAAUUAGGUUGAUUUGAAUAAUAAAAAAAAUGUAAUUUUUGCUGUGCAGUAAGCAUAUAUCAGCUAUAUUACAGCAAUUAAUUGAGAAUAAAGGGAAUUACAAACAAUCUAAAAAAAAAAAAAAUUAAAGGUGCUUUAUGGAACCUGGGGUGCUUAAUUAUCAUGAAAAUAAUGUCACAGUACAAUUAAUAGUAUAUAUAUAUAUAUAUAUAAUUAUUUUGAUUUUGGGGUAAAAUGUGACCUGGACAUGUGUUUCAUGGGAUUUACCCGAAUGCACAACAUGAAAAGCAAAUAAAUCACAGUGUUGCAUUGUUAAUAUUGCUUCUUUUUUUUUUUUUUUUUUUUUUAAGUAAAAAAUGAAACACUUAGUUUCCAAAGAUAGGUUAUGUAGAUCUCAGUUUGUAAAGUUAUCUGUCCAACUUGAAAGCUGUACUUUAUGUGAGUGUAAUGUAUGUGUGAAUGGAGAAACCGCACAGUAACAUUUUUUUUUUUACAUCAUGUGUCAAUAAUUUUGUACUCUAUUUUUAUUUUCACACUGUGCAUAAUUUUUUGACCCCAUAAGAAACCUCUUAUUGUAGUUCUCUGUUUAGUCGAAAGCAUGAGUUUUCACAACAGAAUACACAAUUUGAAUAUUGGAAGUCAAAGACAAUUAAAUGUUUUCAGUAAACCAGCAAAAUCAAGCGCAACAUUCUUAUUUGACAACAGUUCAUCCUGUACAUUUCAUGUGAAUUUAUUCAUGUAUUUGAAGAUUAUUUUUAUUUUAUGUUUGUGUGAGUGUGUGUGUGUCUGUGUGUGUGUGUGUGUGGGGGCAGGUUUAAGUGGUUUAUGAGGACUUUGUUUAGGUUAUAAACUGGUAAUUACAAGGGUAUUAUGCUAUAAAUGUGGUUUAUGAGGACAUUUCUAGUGUCCCCAUAAUUUAAAUCACUUAAAAAAACAUACUAAACGAUGUUUUAUUGAAAAUGCAGAAAGUUUUCUGUGAGGGUUAGGGUUAGGGGAUAGAAUCUAUAGUUUGUACAGUAUAAAAAUCAUUAUGUCUAUGGAGAGUCCUCAUAAUGAUAGCUGCACCAACAUGUGUGUGUGUGUGUGUGUGUGUGUGUGUGUGUGUGUGUGUGUGUGUGUGUGUGCACGUGCAUAUGCGCCUUUGUGCAUGACAGAAGAGCAAGAGACAAGUUGGUAAAAAAUUUAAAGGAAUAGUUCAGCCAAAAAUGAAUCAUUUCCUUACUCUAUCCAAGUCAUUAUGAUUCAAAUCAUUCAAAAAUUAUUCAAAUAAUAAAAAAAUCCAAUGGCUUUGGCAUUAACAUAAUUAAGGUGAACCCUUUUAUUUCGGCUGAACUAUCACUUUAAUGUGAGAUGGAUGUGGAAAGCAGAAAAAAUGCCACUUGAGCAUUUGUGCAAUAUAUGUGGUAUUCUUUUAUGAUGUUCUUGUAAUUUAAUGUUCUUGUGUGUGUCUGUAUAUGUACAUUAUUUUUUAAACUGCCCUCAUUAUAUUAACUCAACAUUUGUAUUGCAUAUUCUGUUUUGUCUUGAGCGUUUCCAUUUUAAGCACUUACUGAAUGUAUGUUUAUUAUCUGAAGUCAGAUUUGUUCAGUUCUCCCCCUUUGAACAAGUAUUUAAUCAAAUGUUUCAUAUUUUAAAUUAAAUCAUGAUCAUGAAUAAUGCCUCCUAAUGUCAUUACAGAGUUUAUUUAUUGCUUUUUCAGUGGCAUUCUGGAAAUAUUCUGUUCUGAGAAUAACAGAACGGCUUAGAGGUGUGGACGCAAAAGUACCCAAAGCCAAAUAAAGUUCUGUCCAACUCUGUUCAGUUUUGUCAAACAGCUCUUUAAGGAAAAUCACCUCACAACAAAACAUCUACUGAAAUUACUCCCAAAGAAGAUUAUGUUUUAAGAUAAGAUGAAUAUUUACUCAAAAUACACAUUUUUAAAACAUAUUUUUAAGACAUAUGGUCACUUUCCCAAUAGAGGAGAUGCAUGUUUCUCAUGUUUUUAGGUGUUACUUGUCACUUUAAUGAAAUACUGUCAAAAACAAGUGACAUUUUUAUCUCAAAAUUGUACAAAAUCAAAUCUCUUGAUUAAGAUCCUUUAAAUAAAUUUGCUUUAAUCUUUA